AUGGAUAAGUUUCUCAUCAAGUUACCAAAGCCAAAAGAUGGCCAACCAAGUUCUAGCUCUAAUCAACCAUUUGUGAGUUCACAAGUUGCUCCGGAAGUUCAAAGACAUACAAAUUCUUUUCCACUUUCAAAUAUGGAUAAUAUGCUUGAUUUUAAAUCUCUUGAAGCAGAUCCCAAAGAUCGAAUGCCUAUUUCAUCUUAUGGUCCUAAUAUUCGAGAUGCGGUAAAGAGGUAUUACAUUCAAAAAAAGCCAUGUCAACCUGUUGAUCAUAUCUUCCCUAAAACUAAGUUUGGAGAAAAAAUGCGUCAAUUUCGACCAACUUGGUUUAAGAGAAGAUCUCAAUGGUUGGAAUAUAGCAUUAAAGCAGACGCGGCAUUUUGUUUGUGUUGUUAUUUGUUCAAGAAUGAACUUGAAAGUCGUGGAAAUGCCGGAGAUUCAUUUACAAGAGAUGGUUUUAGGUGUUGGAACAAAGCUUUAGAAAGAUUCAAAAAACAUGUUGGUAAGGUAAAUAGUAUCCAUCAUAAAUGUUUCAAUAGGAUGCAAGAUUUGAAAAACCAACGACAAUCGAUCCAAUCUUCUUUUGACAAGCAAAGUGAAAAGGCAAGAAGUGAUUAUCGGAUGCGUUUAAAUGCCUCAAUUGAUGUAGCAAGAUUUCUCUUGACAUCGGGAUUUCCAUUUCGUGGGCAUGAGAAAGUGAAGGUUCCGAAUAUAAGGGUGCUUUUCUUGAACUUUUGA